AUGACUAUGUCGUUGGAUGUUGCCAGAGCUGAGCUUGCACUUGCUGUUGUGUAUCUCAACAAAGCUGAAGCCAGGGAUAAGAUAUGCAGGGCGAUUCAAUAUGGCUCCAAGUUCUUGAGUGCCGGACAGCCCGGCACAGCACAGAACGUGGACAAAUCCACCAGCUUGGCUCGCAAAGUCUUCCGUUUGUUCAAGUUUAUCAAUGAUCUCCAUGGCCUCAUUAGCCCACCAGCUCCAGGAACUCCACUUCCUCUCGUCUUGUUGGGAAAGUCCAAAAAUGCUCUCCUGUCCACUUUCUUGUUUCUGGAUCAAAUUGUGUGGCUGGGUAGGACAGGUGUAUACAAGAACAAAGAACGUACUGAACUGAUCGGAAGGAUAUCUCUUUUAUGUUGGUUGGGGUCUUCUGUUUGCACAACGCUUGUUGAGACUGGUGAAAUUGGAAGGCUUUCUGCAUCAAUAAAGAAGUUAGAGAAGGAACUGAAAAACACCGACAAACAUAAGAACGAGCAGUAUCAGAGCAAGGUUCAAAAAUCGAAUCAGAGAUCUCUGGCCAUUGUUAAAACCAUCCUGGAUAUUGGGGUGGCCGUUGGUUUGCUACAACUGGCGCCUAAGAAGAUCACCCCUCGUGUCACCGGAGCCAUCGGAUUUGUGACAUCGCUCAUAUCCUGCUACCAGCUGCUCCCAUCUCCGCCGAAGACAAAGACAAGCUGA